CUUUCUUUUUUAGAUCAGAACUCCAUUAGAAGUCAAGCUUUGAUGACUUGAAACUUAGCCAGAAAUGGUGAAACUCGUCGCCAAGCAGUCGUUGCUCCUUUUACUUGUCCUAUGUCUUCACUUUCUCUACUUCGAUUUCGCUCUCUCCGAGAUCUACUUCGAAGAACGCUUCGAAGAUGGGUGGAAGAGCCGUUGGGUGUUAUCAGAUUGGAAAAGGAGUGAGGGAAAAGCCGGCACCUUUAAGCAUACUGCUGGCAAGUGGUCUGGUGAUCCUGAUGACAAAGGUCUUCAGACAUACAAUGAUGCCAAACAUUAUGCUAUCUCUGCUAAGAUACCAGAGUUCAGCAACAAGAACAGAACUCUAGUGGUUCAAUAUUCUAUCAAAAUUGAACAAGACAUUGAAUGUGGUGGUGGUUACAUUAAGCUUCUCUCUGGUUAUGUAAACCAGAAGAAAUUUGGUGGUGACACUCCCUACAGUUUGAUGUUUGGACCAGACAUUUGUGGCACACAGACCAAAAAGCUUCACCUUAUACUAUCCUACCAGGGACAAAAUUAUCCAAUUAAAAAGGAUCUACAAUGUGAAACCGACAAGCUAACACACUUUUACACAUUUAUACUAAGGCCCGAUGCCUCUUACAGUGUCCUAGUUGAUAAUAGAGAGAGAGAAACUGGCAGCAUGUACACUGAUUGGGAUAUCCUUCCUCCACGGAAAAUCAAGGAUGUUAAAGCCAAAAAGCCUGCAGACUGGGAUGAUAGAGAAUACAUUGAGGAUGCUAAUGAUGUCAAACCAGAGGGAUAUGAUAAAAUUCCUGCCGAAAUUCCAGAUCCUAAGGCAAAAGAGCCUGAUGAUUGGGAUGAUGAAGAAGAUGGUAUUUGGAGACCACCCAAGAUCCCAAAUCCAAAAUACAAAGGACCAUGGAAGCCCAAGAAAAUCAAGAACCCCAACUACAAGGGAAAGUGGAAGACUCCAUGGAUCGAUAAUCCAGAGUUUGAAGAUGAUCCAGACCUCUAUGUGCUGAAACCAAUCAAAUACGUGGGUAUUGAAGUCUGGCAGGUAAAGGCUGGUUCAGUUUUUGACAACAUAUUGAUUUGUGAUGACCCACAAUAUGCAAGAGAAAUUGUAGAAGAUUUUUCGGGCAACAAUAGGGAGGCUGAAAAGGAGGCCUUUGAAGAAGCAGAGAAAGAACGAAGAGCUCGGGAAGAAGAGGAGUCUAAAAGAGCAACAGAGGAGAGUGAAAAGCGUAGAAGAGAGAGGGACCAUCGACAUAGAGACAGGAGACACCGAAGAAGGCAUGAUCCUCGUGAUUAUCUGGACGAUUACCAUGAUGAACUAUGAUGUGGCCUGCUGCUACUUUGCAAGUUUUCGGGGCUCCAUUUCGAUAAAGAAAAAGCGAAAAGCCGAAGCAAUCUGCCGCUCUAAUAUAGUCAGCGUUACUGUCGUAUACCGUCGACCGAAACAUGUCCGGUACCGGUUAUCUUCAUCACUGUUGUUGUAACGUUAAUGUUGUAGUGAUGUGAAGAUUUUAACUGGAACUGCUUAUUCUAUGAUCCGCCAUGCAUUUGGAUGUUAAUUUUUUUUUUUUAAAAAACCUGGACCAUUCAACUUAAA